AAAAAAAGUAAAAUUCAAAACCUUUUUCGUUCCUCCCGAACCGUCGCGUCCACCGCCGCCUCCCCAUUUCCCACACCGCCACCGCCGGCGCCCCCUCCGCCGACGACGCAGCGGACGAGAGGCAAGGGAGCGAUGGUCUCCGCGGCGGCGGAGGAGGGCGAGGACCCGCGCUGGAGGAGGAGCAACACGGACUGCGUCUUCUUCCUCGUCUCCCGCGUCAGCUGCACCAAGGGGUCCAAGUGCGAGUACCGCCACUGCGAGGGCGCGCGGUUCAACCCCAGGAACUGCUGGUACUGGUUCCACGGCAGCUGCGUCAACCCAAGCUGCACCUUUCGCCACCCUCCAAUGGAAAAUUUCAACAGAACCAAGUCCUUGACAGUCCCACCCUCAUCAGAUGGUUCUAUUUCUGUCAAGACAGCCAAUCCUUGUUAUUUCUACUAUAGCUCUGGCUGCAAAAAAGGUGACAAUUGCCCCUUCCUACAUGAGCCAACCCCUAACACUGAAUCAGCGAUUUCUUCUGAGGCUACUACUUUCAAUCCUGCUGUCAAUGAAAAUUCCGCUGGAGAUGAGAUGGUUGAGGCAUUGAAGGGUGCUCACACAAGUCCUUGUCAGGACACCUUGUACCACAUAAAGAAAUGCCACUCAAAAGAAGUUCCUGAGUCAAUAUAUCUCGAAUUUGAUGGUCCUAUUUCGGUCACGCCUGAAACAUCAAUUGACACUGGUGAAUACAUAAAGUGUUUCACCCACUCAGAUCAGAGCUCAGAAUAUUCAACAAUGGACGACGCAGAGCAAGAUGAAAGUCGUGAUUCCUCCCCUGGAUUUGAUGUGCUCGUUGAUGAUGGGCUCUCUAACAAGAAUGACCUUGAGAAACAAUUGGCGCAGAAAAGAGAUGCUCAGGUGCUUCAUGCGAAAUAUGAUAUUGGAGAUCCAGUCUGUUAUGAUCGGGAUUAUUAUGAUUCAUGGUACUAUGGGCAAGCAUUUUGUAGCUUUGAUGAUCAACAUGGUUAUGUUAGUCAUCCUGAAGGAGUUCAAGACCCUGAUGUUGAGACCACUUUGGGACACAUACCACACAAUACAAGAAAGCUUGCAGUGCCAAGUUCUAAUGAGUAUGAUAGAAUGUUCUUCAAUUCCAGCUUCAUCGGCUCAGCAGCAGAUGAUGUGUUUCCUCGUCAGCAUACUGAGACAAGACACGCUUCAAAGAGAAGACCUGAGAAGAGAAAAGGUGCCAAGAGCAGGAAGGGUCGCACUAAGAGGCGUCGGGGUCUUGAACCCGUGAGUGGUUUCCAAGGCAUUGAAUCAAGAUCCACUCAUUACAGGCAAGAGUUCUACAUAGAGGAGUGUCCUCAGUCUGUUGUCUGUGCUACCUUCAGGGGGCAGAAGAAGAAACGUAGAGGAAAACAGCACAAUGUAAUUUCUGCUAGAUCUUCUGAACAUCCUACCACAGAUUUUACUGGGCCAAAGACCCUAGCUCAGAUAAAAGAAGAGAAUUGUGUAUCUAAGUCACGCUUUAGCCACUCUGCUGCUCGCAUGCCUCAUGGGGGUUCUUUCUCAAAUGAUUUUGAAGGCCCAAAAUCUCUGACUGAGCUUCUCAAGGCUAAGGAUAGGGUUUCAAUUAGCUAGCGCACCUAGCAAGUGCAUAUAAACUGCAAUAUUGUCUGUUCUCUGCUCAGCUUGGUCAGAAUGAUGUUUAUGGCAGCUGCGUUAGCAACUUGGGAGCACUACUGUCAAAGAGAAUGGAACAUGAAGUGUCACUUCUGCAGUCGGACUAUUUAACAUUCUGGUUAAUUUUAGGAGGAAGGAAUCAACAUUCAAGAAUAACUAGCUGCUAUAGUUGGUAAAUGAUGUUAACUAGCUUGUUACUUCUUGUUGCCACGUACGUAACUGUAAGUUAGGGCUCGCUGGAGAUUCUGUUAUGUCUUUUAGACCAUCAGUUAACAUUGUGGCAGGGUCA